AUAGAUGCCAAUGCUCUUCUUUUUCACUCCGUGAGCCCAGACUAAAACUUACGGGCUCGUGGCUCUUCGAAUCAUCCCCUGAUGGUAUUUUCCUUCCCGACUAUUCUCUCCAUUUUGCUGCCAAUUAUUCCAUUUUCCAGGUAAAUUUUGGGGUCUCUCUGUUGUAACAAAUCAUCUUCUUGGAUCUUCUUCCUCAUCUUGUUCUUGAUAGGUGUAAUAGACCCAACUUAAGGAGACCCAAGUGAGAGAUUCUUUCAAGUUCCUCGAAUUGUUGAAACCCCUUUUGGCAAUUUCCAAAUAAAGACUCUCUCGUUUCAAUCUUCUAAUUCGGUUCAAGAAAAACAUGGGUGUCGGUUUAUCUGUGCUGAUAGCACUCAAGGCAGCAGUUCUGUUCUUGGGUUUUGCUUAUCUUAGGACCCUUGGCUUCAUGUUGUUGUCACUGCCCUUUUUAUAUGCAUCUUUGGUGGCUAUGUUGGUCUCAAUCGCAUCUCACCCAUCCAUUAACCUCCCCAUGCUUUUGGGGAAAAACACAGAUGGAACUUUCCCCAUUUGGUCCUUGGUUAUGUUCAGUCCGUACUUGUAUUUCGUCCGGAGUUUCUCCGCGUUACGAAGAUUGAGCAGCGGGGAAGCUCCUUAUAGUGAGAUUUGCGAGGGUUUGUAUGUUGGAGGGUGGCCUAGUUCGCCUGAAAAACUGCCCCCUGGGAAUCCUGCUGUCAUUGAUUGCACUUGUGAAUUACCAAGGAAUUUAGAAUUUUCAGGACACGCGUAUUUGUGCAUUCCGACUUGGGAUACAAGAUCACCUCAGGCUAGUGAAAUUGAAUCUGCUGUUCGGUGGGCUUGUAGAAAGAGAGCUCAGAAAAUACCGAUCUUCAUUCACUGUGCUUAUGGUCAUGGACGAAGUGUUGCGGUGAUGUGUGCGCUGUUGGUAGCUCUAGGUGUGGCAGAUGAUUGGAAGAAUGCUGAGAAGUUGAUCAAAGGAAAAAGGCCUUAUAUUCGUAUGAAUGCUCUCCACCGUAAAGCCUUGGAGGAAUGGUCAAAGCACCGGAUAUCUACUCCAAAGAGGAAUGAAGAGAAUGAUGUAAGUUCCAUAAUUAUGUCUACUGCUUCCGGACGCUCUCAAUCAGUUAGGCCAGAUGGAAAAGCGAAUUGAGUAGUAUACCAAUGUUCACUGUUUUAAUCCCUCGUCUGUUUGUUGGGAAGGAAUGUAUUGUUGACAUUGCCAUUUGUGGAGGUCGGACACAUCCUGAUUAUGCUGUUCUUUCACUGUACUAUUCAGCCCGGUAUCAGAGAUUCUGUAUUUGAUUAUAUUGUGGUUCAGCCUUACAAUAUCUAAACGGAAAUGGCUUUAAGCA